AUGGACAUCCUCAACUCUUUUGACGGAAGGCAAAGUAGGAUCUUCGACUUUACGCUGCAAUUCGAAAGGAGUAUUCUGUCAGUGCUUCCGGCAUCUGUGGUGCUUGUCUUAGCAGUCUGCCGGUUAUAUUCUCUAUAUGCAAGGCCGCGAAGGAUUCAAGGGCGGAUCUUGGAAGUUUCAAAAUUGAGCGCCAUCGCUGCUUACACGUGCCUCCAACUGGCUUCUUUGAUACUAUGGAUCCGCUUUGAAAAAAGCCAACUUGCGGUGGCCGCUGCAGCGGCGGCCGUCCUUGACGCAUGCCUUUUCCUCCCACUGUCCUGGUUCGAACAUACCCGGUCUCGACAGCCAUCAACGAUUCUUUUAUUGUACUUCACCAUUUCAUUGAUCUUUGACAUCGUCCAGCUACGGACUCUUUGGGUAUUGAAGUAUGAGACAUCCAUCCUAGGGAUUUCUCUUGCAUGUGUCUGUAUGAAGGUAUUAAUAUUAUGCCUUGAGUCUUUCGAAAAGCGUCGUUUCAGUACGGGUGGAACAUCAUUCCACAACCCCGAGGAAUGGAGCGGAGUGUGGAAUCGAGGAUGCUGUUGCUGGCUUAAUCGCCUUCUCUUGAGGGGAUAUCGCCAUAGUCUUUCCAUUGAAGACUUUUAUCCCUUGACCGCAGACCUGUCGUCUCGGAAGCUCGAAUUAAGACUGUCGGAUCAUCCCAGUAUUUGGGGGAUUUUCUGGACUGUCAUAGAGGCGUUAGGAUGGUCGUCAGUCCACCCUGUAGCGCCUCGGCUAUGCCUCAUUGGGUUCAACCUCAGUCAGCCAUUGCUUAUCAAGGCCAUCUUGAAAUAUUUGCAAGAUACAAGAGCCGAGGAUGUAGCACAUGGGCAAGACAACUUCAUGAUACUGGGAACUGUUCUGCUCUACUCGGGCAUUGCCGUUUCUGGAAGCAUCUACUGGCAGCUGCACCUUCGAAACCUAACUAAGAUUCGGGGUCUUCUUGUUGGUGCUGUCUAUAAGAAGCUUACCACAGUGGCUUCUACACAACCUGAGAAUGCUGCAGUUACAUUGAUGAGUACCGAUGUCGAGAGGGUCACCCAGGGACUACGGGUAUUUCAUGAAGCCUGGGCGAACUCAGUCGAAGUUGUCAUAGCUGUUUGGCUCUUGCAACGGGAACUCCACAUGGGCUCGAUUGCCCCUGUUGCGAUUGCCAUUGCAUGCUCUCUAGUCACUUUGUGCGUCAACAAGUUCACAAUGCCUCGUCAGAAUCGGUGGAUGGAUGCUCUCCAGGCGCGGAUCAACCGCACGGUCUCUGUGCUUUCGCAGAUUAAGAGUAUCAGAAUGCUGGGAUUAGGCAAACAGUCUGAUCAAGCAUUGAACGCACUUCGCGUCAGAGAACUACAACUUGCCAACGGAUUCAGGAUGAUGAUGGUCUUUUCUUUCUGCAUUGCUUUUGCACCCAUCUUCAUCGUCCCAGUUGUGUGCUUCGCCAUCUAUCUGACGGCUUCUCAGAACGGAAGUGGAUGCAACGCCUUUGACCUUGCCAAAGCUUUUACAUCUCUUUCGUUAAUAGUCAUUUUAACUCAGCCACUUUCAAGUCUUUUCCAGUACGUUCCGAUGUUUGCUGGGGCUGCAAACUGUCUUCAACGUAUCAAUGACUUUCUCCACUCCCCUUCGCAUCAUGACCCAAGAGAGCAAAAGUCGGAUGCCACAAGGGAGUGCAGAGGUCCUCAAGACGAUUCUUCUUCGAAGGCAGAAAAGUCUACAUCUAUGAUGGACAUCGCUGAGAGAAGCCCAAUUGCGGGAGACGGUUUGUCCAUCUAUGACGGCGCUUUCGGUUGGAGCGAAAAUCAAUGGGACAUUCAAAACGUCAAUCUCAACAUACCUAAGUCUCGGCUGACAGUAAUUACUGGGCCAAUUGCCAGUGGGAAAUCGACACUCUGCAAGGCAUUUCUUGGUGAGAUACCUUACGUCAAAGGCAUCGUCAAGAUUUCAUCUGGAACGGGCAUUGGAUUCUGUGAUCAAACGCCAUACUUAACCAACACGACCAUCUACGAAAACAUCAUUGGAAGAAGUGCCGUUAACGACGCCUGGUAUAAGACCGUUAUCAGGGCAGUGGACCUAGAGACUGACUUCGAAAGGCUUUCGAGUGGGGACCGCACCCUUGUUGGGAACAACGGAGAUGCACUGAGCACGGGGCAGAAACAGCGGGUGGCAAUCGCUCGAGCUGUGUACGCAAGAAAGCCCCUUAUCAUCCUGGACGAUGUCUUCAGCGGAAUGGAUAACGUGACCAAGACCUGUAUCUACGAGCGGCUUUUGAGUCCUAAAGGGCUGUUGCGCCACCUAGAGACGACGGUGAUCUUGGCUUGCUCUGAUCAGGAUCUGUGUCUUGCUGCGGACUUAGUGGUGGAACUUGCACCUGGCAGACCUCCUGUUGCCAUCCACCCUGCCUCCAGGACGAAGUCUGACUAUCACGCGGAGGGACAACAAGAAGCAGUUGGUAUCUCGAAGAUUUCCAAUGCCCUUGAUAUCAUACAAGCCAAAACGGAUCAGACUGCCGUGAGUGGAGCAGUACAGAAGCAAGCUUCCAAAGCGCCCAGUGAUUGGGCAACUUACGGCUACUUCGCCCGAGCUGUAGAAACCCCGAACACGGCGUUGCUGAUAUUCCUCGGCGGAGUCUUCGGGACACUAUACACGUUUCCCUCUGUGUGGGUGAACUGGUGGACUACGGAUCCUGCAGCCCGAGACAGUUUCUAUUUUGGCAUCUAUGCCUUACUGCAGGCCACGGGUCUUAUCUGUUGGUUUCUCUUCACUCGCCAUUGCCUGACAACGGUAGUGUCUAGGUCGGGAAAAAAGCUGCAUAACAGCCUUCUAUCGACGGUCAUGUCAGCCUCAUUUCCUUACCUCAGUACCAAAGACUCAGGGACCAUCAUCAAUCGAUUUUCUCAGGAUCUCCAGUCGGUCGAUGGCGAACUGCCAGCUGCUCUGCUCAACACGGUGGCGACUGCAUUCAUCGCCUUAGCCCAAGUCGCUUUGGUCGCCACUGCAAGUCCGUGGUUAACGAUUUCAUACCCGUUUCUGAUACUUGUCUUUUACGGUAUUCAACGGUUCUAUCUUCGAACAUCGCAGCAACUUCGGCCUCUUGAUAUUGAACUCAAAGGCCCUCUGUAUACACAUUUCUUAGAUACCUUACGAGGCAUUACCACAGUCCGAGCUUUUGGAUGGUCUCAGCAAUACGUCGAACGCAACCAGCAGCUUCUCGACGCAUCCCAGCGUCCCAACUACCUACUUCAGAUGAUCCAGCAAUGGCUUUCACUGGUUUUGAACGUGGUAGUCGUGGUCAUAGUCACACUUCUCGUGACCCUUAGUCUCAAGCUUCGAUCAAGCCUUGGGCUCACUGCAGUUGCUCUGGUUAAUUUGAUGUCUCUUAGUCAAAUGCUCCGAUCGGUUGUGAUUGGAUGGGCGCUUAUGGAGACAUCAAUUACUGCGGUUGCAAGGAUCAAGGAGUUUGAGCUGACGACUCCGAGAGAGAACGACUUGAACUCCGAGGGAGCCAUGAUCCAUGGGGCGGUUUCGGGCAAGAUUGAGUAUAAGAACUUGACAGUGUCAUAUGGCCUGAGUAACGAGAACCUUGCACUCAAGAAUGUCAACUUGGUCAUCGAAGCAGGACAGAAAAUCGGCGUAUGCGGCCGGAGUGGAAGCGGGAAGUCGUCAUUGGUUGCAUCUCUCUUCCGAUUGCUAGAUGUUCGACAAGGAAAGAUUGUCAUCGAUACAAACGACAUCAAUGAUUAUUCCUUAUCAAACCUUCGAUCAAACAUCAACGCCAUCCCGCAAGAUCCCUUCAUCACUAGUGGAAAUUUCCGCGAGGUUCUUGAUCCUUAUGGAGCAUCGCCAGAUCAUGCAAUUCAAGAAGCCCUCCGUAAGGUAAAGCUAUUCGAAUACGUGCAGAGCCAUGGAGGUCUUGAAGGGAGUGUGAAGUCUGAGUCACUUAGCCAUGGGCAAAAGCAGCUGCUAUCCCUUGCAAGAGCCAUCCUGAGGCGUUGCAGCAUCGUCGUUCUGGACGAAGUCACCAGCAGCUUGGAUUUAGAGACGGAGCAACUCAUAUGGGACGUCUUGCAGGAAGAAUUUAGGGGGUGCACCAUCGUUGCUAUUGCGCACAGACUAGAAACAAUUGUCAGCUUCGAUCGAGUUGCUGUCAUGGACGAGGGAAUAUCAUCGAAUUCGAUGAUCCUCGCGUUUUGUUGGAGGAUGUUAGCUCGGCCUUUUUCAAGCUGCGAAAGACGGGCCAAGCGCACUGAAGAAACUGCGAUCCAAGAAAUAACAAAAUGGACCGCUCAGUGA